GACACCUGUGGUUAAUGAUUGCAGCUCUGGAGUUUGAGAGUAUAAAGCAGGCAGAUCACCUCCUUGUACUUUACCUUCACUGUCUGCCACCAUGUCCUUCUCUGGAAAGUACCAGCUGGAGUCUCAGGAGAAUUUUGAGCCUUUCAUGAAGGCCAUUGGUCUCCCUGAUGAGCUCAUCCAGAAAGGCAAAGAUGUCAAGAGCAUCUCUGAGAUUGAGGAAACUGGCGACAACUUCAAAGUGACAGUCACCACUGGCUCAAAGGUCCUUGUAAACACCUUCACCAUUGGACAGGAGGCUGAGCUGGAGACCAUCACUGGAGAGAAGGUCAAGGCGGUGGUUCAGCGUGAAGGCAACAAGUUGAAGGUCUCCCUGAAGGGAAUUGAAUCAGUCACAGAACUGGUGGAUGGGAACACAAUUGUCAAUACAAUGACUCUUGGUGGCAUUGUAUACAAGAGGACGAGCAAGCGCAUGUAAAUGUCUGCACUGGGUAUAAUAAAAUGUAAAAGGCA